AUGGAAGAAAAGGGAACAAUGGAGAACGGAGUGGCGGCCAUGGCGGCCUGCUACCAGGGAUUCGACCCUGCAGCGUAUCUGCAAUACAACUACACUCCACCGCGGGCAGAUUUUGAGAGAAAGGACAGCAUUGUCCCGUGGAAACUGGCAUGCCUGCAUCGAGCGUUCACUGAAGGUGAUGUGAAUGGCGAGCUGCUGGUGGACAUUGGUUCGGGUCCCACCCUGUACCAGGUGCUGAGUGGCUGUGAGGUCUUCAACAAGGUGCUGCUCACGGAUUACCUGGAGGUCAACAGGCGGGAGCUGAGGGGCUGGUUCCAGGACGAGGGAGCCAGCAGCUUGGACUGGACACCUUACCUGCAGCACGUCUGCGAGCUGGAGGGACGACGGCCUUCAGCAUGGACAGAGAAAGCCGCCAAGCUGCGUCAGGUCGUCAAGGACAUCGUCCCCGUGGACGUGCACCGGCCUCAGCCUCUGUCCCUGGAUGACCUCCCCUCAGCAGGGGCCGACUGCCUCGUGUCCUGCUUCUGCCUGGAGAGCGUCAGCCCGGACCUGGCCGCCUUCACGAGGGCCCUGGGCCACAUCGGGAGGCUCCUGCGGGCCGGCGGCCACCUGCUGCUCAUCGGGGCCCUGGGAGAGAGUUACUAUUUUGGGGGACCCGGUGUGAAGAUCCCCGUGGUCCCACUGAACGAGGCCCAGGUCUGCGCUAGUUUGAAGGAGAGCGGCUACACCCUGAUCAGGCUGGAGGUGUACACACUGCCUCAGGACAUGAGGGUGGGGGUCGACGAUGUGUCUGGGGUGUUUUUUGCAAAAGCAAUAAAGGAGUAAAAGUUAAAGUGGAUGAGGGGAGGACAUGUAAAGGGUUAUUAAUAUUAUAAAAUUAAAGUGAAGAAAAAUUCUUAUUGAUUAAGUCAAGUUGUAUGCUUGAUUUUGCAGAGCUGACAAUCAAGGGCUGCUAUCAUUGUGAGUUAUCUUAAAAACUAUUCUAUUCAUUCUCAAGGGAAAGGAAAAUGCAAAGACACAUUAUGUAACUUCAUUCCAUGUUCCAUCUUCAUUGGUUGAAUAAACGUUUUGUCUGAGGUUCAAUAAAGAGCCGUUCCCAUUUAGAAAUGUAAUUGGACAGCGCCACCUGCAGUUCAAACAGCUGCAUCAAGAAUGCAUCUAUUUUUGUUUUAGGGUGGGCUAUUAAAUAAUUUUACACCCAUUUUACACCCAUUUUUUUUCCAAGCUGUUCAUAAAGAGAAUAUUUUGAUAAGCUUCUUUUCUUCUUUAGUGAAGAGGCUGAUAAGUUGCCCAUCUUGUUCAUUUGUGAUAAUAA